GAACUCUUUUUACCUACUGGUAAACUGAAAAUGAAAAUCUUUGAUGUGAGUUUCACCGGAGAGUUCAUAGUCAAAGCUUCCGGCGACCAACUGGAGAAAGUUAGUAGCCUUACUCUCUCAAAUCUUGACCUUCUUUCCGGCCGUUUUCCGGUGACCUACUUUUACUUCUACCCCAAGCAACCACAAUUAUCCUUUGAGUCAAUCGUCAAAUCCCUCAAAAGCUCACUCUCUGAAACUCUUACCUACUUCUAUCCUUUCGCGGGUCAGAUUGUUACCAACGAAACUUCUCAAGAGGAGCCUAUGAUCAUCUGUAACAACAAUGGAGCUUUGUUCGCUGAAGCUCGAGCUCAUAUCGAUCUAAAACGUUUGGACUUUUACAAUCUCGAUGCGUUUCUCCAAUCAAAGCUGGUUCGGGUUAACCCGGAUUUCGCUUUACAGAUUCAAGUGACAGAGUUUGAAUGCGGAGGCCUCGCUAUAGCAUUCACGUUUGAUCAUGCUUUAGGAGACGCGAGCUCCUUCGGGAAAUUCCUCACUUUGUGGUCGGAGAUAUCGAGAAAUCAGCCGGUUUCUUGUGUACCAGAUCACCAAAGAAAUCUCCUCCGGGCACGGUCUCCUCCCCGUUACGACCCUCACUUGGACAAAACGUUCAUAAAAUGCAGCGAGGAAGACAUUAAGAACAUACCGAUGACAAAAACGCUCAUCAAGCGUCUCUACCACAUCGAUGCUUCGAGCAUAGACGCGUUGCAAGUUCUAGCUACUGUAAACGGAGAGAGCAGAACAAAGAUUGAAGCUUUCUCCGCUUAUGUGUGGAAGAAAAUGGUGGAAUCUAUAGAGAGCGGUCAUAAAACCUGCAAGAUGGGAUGGCUUGUCGACGGUAGAGGAAGACUCGAGACCAUUACCUCGAGCUACAUAGGAAACGUCUUGUCUGUAGCUGUAGGUGAAGCCAGUAUCGAGAAUCUAAAGCAAAACCAUGUAUCAGAGAUAGCAAACAUAGUGCAUAAAUCGAUAACAGAAGUGACAAACGAUACUCAUUUCACAGAUUUGAUAGAUUGGAUCGAGAGUCACCGACCUGGACUGAUGUUGGCUCGGGUGGUUCUUGGACAAGAAGGACCAGCUUUGGUCUUGUCUUCAGGACGACGCUUCCCUGUGGCUGAAUUAGAUUUUGGAUUUGGUGCUCCUUUCCUAGGAACUGUGUGUUCAACGGUUGAGAAAAUAGGAGUUGGUUACCUGAACCAGCGACCUAGCGCCUGCAAUGAUGGCUCGUGGUCGGUUUCUGCUAUCGUGUGGCCUGAACUCGCUGCAGCUUUAGAGUCUGACUCGGUGUUUCAGCCAAUGUCUGCUAAACAUCUUCAACUCCAGACCUGAAAAAAAGCUCAGCUAACGAC